AACAAUUUCCCGAUCUUUCCGACGUUUAAGAAGCGGGUUAUUAAACGGGCAUCGAGUUGUACAAUCCAACCCUAAAAUCUAAAUCACAAAUUCUUGCAGUUUCACUUCAAACUUCUCUUCAUCGAUUGUUUCUUUAAAAUUAAUUUCUCUUGCCUUUUCGGGUCAAUUUUUCUUCAUCAAUGGAAGCUCAAGAUCUCUCCGAAACCCUAUCUGCUUACCCUAAUCCACCUCAACCCCCACCACAAACUCUAGUUUCAUAUCAAGACGACAUCGACCAAACCCUAACUCCACAACAAAACCACAAUCAAAAUGAAAAUCAAGAUCAGAAUAACAGCAAUCACCAAGAAAAUGGUAUUACGAAUUCCCAAUCAAUUUUAAAAGCGCAAAGCGGAACAACUACCACCGAAAAGGAUCAAUCUGGUGGAGAAGAUGAAACUACGAGUCGCAGAAAACGCCGGAGUAGGUGGGAUCCACCUCCGUCAUCGGAAGAUAAUUCCGGCGCUAAUGGAGAUGGUAAUGGAACAACAGGAAGGAAGAGAAAAUCGCGAUGGGCUGACGAUGAGCCGAAACCACUUUAUCAAUUACCUGAUUUCAUGGGAGGUAUCGAAUUUGAUCCUGAAGUUCAAGCUCUUAAUAGUAGAUUACUUGAAAUUAGUAGGAAAUUGCAAUCUGGUUUGCCUUUAGAUGAUAGACCUGAAGGUGCUAGAUCCCCUUCCCCUGAACCAGUUUAUGAUAAUAUGGGAAUUAGAAUUAAUACUCGUGAAUAUCGUGCUCGUGAGAAAUUAAAUAGAGAAAGACAAGAGAUUAUUUCUCAGAUUAUUAAGAAAAAUCCAGCUUUUAAGCCUCCGGCGGAUUAUCGUCCACCAAAAUUGCAUAAGAAGUUGUAUAUACCGCAGAAGGAGUUUCCGGGGUAUAAUUUUAUCGGGUUGAUAAUUGGACCGAGGGGAAAUACACAGAAGAGGAUGGAGAAAGAAACGGGGGCGAAGAUUGUGAUUCGAGGGAAGGGGAGUAUUAAGGAAGGGAGGUUACAACAGAAGCAGAAUUUGAAACCUGAUCCAUCAGAGAAUGAGGAUUUACAUGUUUUAGUUGAGGCGGAUACGCAAGAGUCGCUGGAAGCGGCUGCUGCUAUGGUGGAGAAGUUGUUGCAACCGGUGGAUGAAGUACUUAAUGAGCAUAAGAGGCAGCAGCUUAGGGAACUUGCUGCUUUGAAUGGUACUAUUAGGGAUGAAGAGUUUUGUAGGUUGUGUGGUGAGCCGGGGCACAGGCAGUUUGCUUGUCCCUCGAGGCUCACGACAUUUAAGAGUGAUGUGUUGUGUAAGAUUUGUGGUGAUGGUGGUCACCCUACAAUUGAUUGUCCAGUCAAGGGGAUAACAGGGAAGAAAAUGGAUGAUGAGUAUAGGAAUUUUUUGGCUGAGUUGGGAGGGACGGUUCCAGAUUCUUUGGGGAAAGGUGAGGGUUCUUUAUCUCCUUCCGGAACUGGUGGAGGUGCGGAAAGUAAUUCAGCUUGGCAGAGUGGGGGUAAUAAUGGGAGUGCACAUCCUGGUUUGGGUUCGAACUUGGGUAAGCCUAAAGAGUAUGAUGAUACUAAUUUGUAUGUUGGCUACUUGCCACCUACAUUUGAAGAUGAUGGGUUGAUACGCCUAUUUGCACCUUUUGGUGAAAUUGUGAUGGCCAAGGUUAUUAAAGACCGAGUCACUCAGAUGAGCAAAGGAUAUGGUUUUGUGAAGUAUUCGACUGCUGAACAGGCAAAUGCUGCCAUUGUUGGUAUGAAUGGCUAUCGCUUAGAUGGCCGAACUAUCGCUGUCAGAGUUGCUGGGAAACCUCCUCAACCAGCCCAACCUCCUGCUGCUCCAGCAGUGCCCCCAUUUCCAGGGGCAAAUCAAGCUCCCCCUGGCUAUCCAUCACAGCAGUUUGCAACUGGUGGGCCUCUUGGUAGCCCUGCUCCUGGAAGCUAUGGUACUCCUGUCCCAUGGGGACCACCAUUACCUCCUCCCCCAUAUGCUUCCUAUCCUCCUCCACCUCCUGGAUCAAACUUUUAUCCUCCUGUUCAGAAUCAAUCUGUGUCUCCUUAUGGUGUUCAGUAUCCUCCACCACCUGGGCCACCCGCCCCUAGUAGCACAUCUACACAGAUUGUACCUCCUAGUGAUGCACUACAAAAUUUCCCACCUGGUGUGCAAUCUCAGAGUGGUACCUCUGUUCAGCCCGCUACUUCUACUGUUUAUGGUAACUCAGUAGCUACAAUGGCAACACCUGCACAACCCACCUACUUACCCUCUUAUGGCUAUGCACCUUAUUAUGGACUACCUCCCCCUCCGCCCCCUACUGAUCAGCCACAGAGCAUGCUUAAUGUUCCUUGGGCAUCAAAUCCUCCAGCGCCACCUGCUGCAGAAAAGACAACCCAAGGUGCAGAUGCCGAGUAUGAAAAGUUCAUGGCAGAGAUGAAGUGAUUUUGGCUCUGGCAUACAAUUGCGUUGCCAAGAGGCAUCAUGUUUCUUGGAGCUAUUGUGAACCUGAUUACUUACCUAAUGCCAUGACUUGUUGGAAGUUUUGGACUCACCUCUUUAACCUUGCUGUACUGUUCUGAAAUUUGCAGAGACGUGGAUUCAAGCUGAGCGCCUUCAGCCUCUUCUAUUAUAAUGGCAACUCUUAAAGUUUGUAUCAUUUACUUUCUUGUGCAGGAUCUUCUCUGUACUGGAUUUGUCGUUCGACUCAUGGACUGGCAUCUAUUUCUUUUGACAUAUUUUUCUGCUGUCUAGUUUCAAGAUAGCCAAUUUGUUUUGUGGUUAAGAUUCACCGUUUUUGUUUGUAUCUUAUGUUAUUGCCGUCAACUAUGGUAUUUCUUUUAUGCAUCUAGUUAUUUCACUUUUCUGUUUAAGUGA